AUGGAUAGUGACAAUAAUAAACGUUUCAAUUUUGAACAACUUUCGUAAGGAUAGCUUAAAGGACGACUUUAUAAAAAUAGUAAUCGUUAUGAUCCUAAUGAACGAAAAUACACUUAAUAGCUGUCAGCUAUCUCCUUGCCUUAAUUAGUGCCUAAAGUUUCUAAAUAAAGAUUAGAGCCUACAACCUAAACUCAUUCAGCUCUAGGUGUAACCAUUCAAAAUGGUAGAAUUUUACUUGAUCGAUCAGGUCAUCAAUCUACAAAAAGUAAAUGAUGAUUUAAUAACUAAAGACUUUAAAAGCGACAUUUUAAUACAAGAUUAGCUCAAAAAACCCAAGAAUUUGUCACCUCUUGGUCAUAGAUUAUUAAGUGAUCAUGGAAUGAGUAUUUUAGAAGAUGUGUAAAACCCUAAUUCAACUAUUAAUGAUUCUAUCAUUGGAUUGCUGUAACAACCUGAAAAAAAGAAGGAAACAUAGAUGAUUAAGAAAGCACUUAGAAAACCAAAGAAGAAACAGUAAUAACAAUCGUAUUUAUCACCUAUGGACUUUAUUUAUUUGAUAAGAACUGAUCCUGAAAUGGCUGAUGAGUUCUGUUAUUUAAAUAAAAGAGAUCAUGCCUAUGAUUAUUAAAUUGUUGAAUUUGAGGAUAGAAAUCCAAAAGAAUAUAUGACAAUUAGUGCAAAGGGUAUCACUUAUUUUCAAAAUGAUGAUGCUACAUUUUUAACUAUAGAGGAGUGGCAAAGGGAAGCUAAAUUAUAUUAAGAUCUUUAAAAAAUAGAUUUUUUUAGAAAAUAUAAAUUAUGGAAGAAUUUCUUCUUAUGGAAGAGAUUAAUGAGGAAAAACAUCCUAGCCAAAAAUCAAGACUUAAUGAUAUCUAAUAUGUUUUCAACUGACAAAUAAUUAAGAAUCACAUUAUUAGAAGUUCGUAGGAUAUGUUAAUAAAUGGCUUAAGAUAUAAGAUUUUUAGAUACUUCAACUACAAUUCCAUAAACCCAUGAAAAUUUUAAAUAAUUGUAAGAUAAACAUUUAAUGUCUAUUAUGGAUAUUAAAUUUGAUUCAUAUGAAUAAUAGAUUAAAUAAAUAAUUGUGGAAUGUUGUUAGAAAUCUUUAGUUAAUUUUAAAGAAAUUCAUCGUAUUCCACUUCAUGAAGAUGAUAAUGAAGAGAGAGCUCCAUUAUUAGUUGGUGAUGAAUCAGGAAAAGAUAUGCCAUACACAACUGAGGCUACUAUAAGAACUCAUUAUAAAAGAUUAAGAAAAUUUGUUAAAUAUGUUGAUUAUAUCAUAAUAGAUGCUAAAUUAUAGAUGAUGUAGAAUUCAGUUGAACACAUUGUUAAAUAGAUUCGUGAAUUUAAUGAAUAAUAUAAAGAGAGUUCAGGAGUAAAAAGAAAAGGAUAUUAUGGUAAAGGUUAACCUUAAUGUUGGAUAAUUAUUGAGGCAAUUGGCAAAUAGGAAGAUAUAGUGUUUAAUCCUGUGAGGGAAUAAUUAUUCAGAAUAUUUGAAAGUGUUGUUACUAAUAGUGUUAUUCGUAUAACUACUAGACAUAGAGAAAUGUUGUCUAUGCCAGAAUUAUAACAGUACAUUCAAGAUGAAAGCAAUUAACAAUCAGAAAAAGUAGAUGUUAAAGCAAUAAUAAAUGGAAGUGAAAAUUUCCAAAUUGCAUGUGGUUAAAUGAGAAAAGAAUUGGAAAUUGCAUUUGAUUUUUUAGAAUCAUAUUCUGAAAAAUUGAAACCAUUUAUGAAAUGGUAUGUUGAUAAUACAAGAGUCAAUAUUGAAAAACAAUUUGCUGAUAAAGAAGUAGAAGAAUAUAGAAAUGCUAUUAACUUAUAUAAGGAAUAAGAUCAAUAAUUUUAAGAUAUUGAACCUACUCAAGAGAUAGGAAUGAUAUUGUUUGAUAAUUAAAAAUUAAAAGCCCAAAUUAAAUCUAGCGCUAUGAAUUGCAUUUAAGAAUUAUAAAAAUUCAUACCUGAAUAUAUGUACAAGAAAGCAGUACUCUUUACAUAAAAAACCACUUAAUUAUAUUCAACUAUAGCUAUAUCACCAAUAACAGUAGAAUAAUUUGUUAAUUAUAUGGAGGCUGUGAAUGUAAUUAAUAAUUAAUUUGAAGAUUUAAGCAAUGUCUCAUAAGAGGUAACAGCUAUGGCAUUACUUAUGGAUGAAUUACGUAUUAAGAUUUAAGAUAAACAUAAAUAAAAAUUUGCAGAAUGUAAUUAAUAAGUCAGUUAACUUCGUAAAAAAGUUGAUGAUGCAAUGGCUAAUUAUGAUUAAAACUUAAAUAAAUUUAGAAAAGAUAUGGAAAGAAUGAUACCAUAAGUAGAUAACACAGUAAAAGACUUAAAUGAAAGAAUUUCUGAAUAACCAUUGAGUUCUUUAGCAGCAGAUUUAGGGGAUAUGGUAACAUUUGUUUAAGGAGUAAGAAAGCAAGUAGAUGAAUUAAAAAUUCAUGCAAAAAAAUUGAAUGAUUAUUAAAUAGCAUUGAAUAUGGAAUAUACACCAUUUGAAAAAUUGGAAGCAUUUAAUAAUGAAUUCACUUUAUUAGAGAGAUUGUGGUGUGGAAGAAAUGAAUGGAUUUCAAAUUAUUCAAUAUGGUUAAAAUAACAUUAUACAGAUAUAAAUUUAGAUGAUAUGAACAAUCUAAUGGAAAAAUUAUAGAAGGCAGCUAAUUUAUGUGCCAAAGAAUUAGACAAAAAUGAAGUAGCUAGAGUAUUUAAGUCAGAUAUUGAAGGUUUUAGAGGUGUCUAUUAAGUUUUAUAAGCAUUAAAAGAUCCUGCAAUUUCAGAAAAGUAAUGGAAUCAAAUAAGAGCUAUGAUACUUGAAAAUUAAUAGCUAUUUAAGGAACCUAUUCUUGAACCAUUUACACCAAUAAAUGAUCCUAAAUAUAAUGUUUUAUGGAUCACUUAAGCAGGGUUAGAUUAGGUAAAAGACAAGCUUAGUGAAAUUGCAUUAAGAGCAGCAAAAGAAAUAGAAUUAGUUAAAAUGUUAGAAUAGGUUGAAUCUAUUUGGAGAUCAGCAGUUAUUACAGUACAACCUUAUAGAGAAUCAAAAGAUGUUUUUAUUUUAGGAAAUAAUGAAGAUUUGAUAUCUAAAAUUGAUGAUACAUUAUUGACUGUUAAUAAUAUUUUAGCAUCAAGAUUUGUAGAAGGUAUUAGACCUGAAGUAGAAAGAUAAUAAUCAUUAUUAAGAUAUUUCUAGGAAUUAUUUGAUGAAUGGAUGCUACAUCAAAGAAAUUGGUUAUAUUUGGAACCUAUUUUAAAUUCACCAUAUAGUGCUAAGAAUUUAGCAAAGGAAUCCAAAAUAUUUUAAUAAGCUGAUACUCAAUGGAAAAAAAUAAUGAGAAAUGCUAGAGAUAGUAGUAUAGCUAGAAAAUGGGCAGAUGAUUAUUAAAAUAGAUUAUAUUUUAAUUAAUUAAGAUAAAAUAAUAAUAAUUUUGAUGUCAUUUAAAAGGCUUUGGAUGAAUUUUUAGAAAAGAAACGAGAUGUUUUUUAAAGAUUUUACUUUUUAUCAAAUGAUGAACUUUUAGAAAUUUUGUCUAAUGCAAAAAAUAUUUAGGCUAUUCAACCAUAUUUAAGAAAGUGUUUUGAAAACUUAGUAAAAAUUCAGUUUGAUUCAUAAGAAAAUGCUAUUGGAAUGAUAUCUGCUGAAGGAGAAAUUGCAGUUCUUAAGGGAUAUGCAGCAAGAGGGGAAGUGGAAGAUUGGUUAAAAGCUCUAGAGGAUAAAAUGAAAUCUUCAUUAAGUGGUGUUAUGAGAUAAUCUUUAAUUAAAUAUUAAUUAGAAGAUACAUAGAGAAAAGAUUGGGUAUUUGAAUUUCCAUUAUAAAUUAUUAUUACUAUUGAUUCUAUAUUUUGGACUAAAAUAACAGAAGAAAAUUAUUUAUAAGCAGAUGCAGAAGGUGAUUUAGAUGAUUGGUAUGAUGCUAAUAUAGCAAUGCUUGAUGAAUUGACAUUAUUAAUCAGAGGAAAUCUUACUGAAUUAUAAAGAAGAACUCUUGUUGCAUUGGUCACUUAAGAUGUUCAUUUCAGAGAUAUUGUGGAUAAUAUGAGAAAUGAAUCUGUUGAAGGUAUAAUGGAUUUCAAGUGGUAAUAAUAAUUGAGAUUUUAUCAUGAUGAAGAAAGUGUGCAUGCAAAAUAAGUCAAUGCUAAAUUAAUGUAUGGCUAUGAGUUUUUGGGAUCUACUACAAGAUUAGUUAUCACUCCUUUGACUGAUAGAUGUUGGAUGACUAUAACAGGAGCUUUGGGUAUUAAAUUAGGAGCAGCACCAUAAGGUCCAGCUGGUACAGGAAAAACAGAAUCAUGUAAAGAUUUAGCUAAAGCUUUGGGAAGAUAUUGUAUAGUAUUUAAUUGUUCAGAUUAAAUUACAGCUAAAAUGAUGGAAAAACUAUUUGCAGGAUUGGCAUAUUGUGGAGCCUGGGUUUGUUUAGAUGAAUUUAAUAGAAUCUAUAUUGAAGUAUUAUCAGUCAUAGCACAAUAAGUAUAAACUAUAAGAGAAGCUUUGUUAGAAUAUAAAAUGAACUUUUAUUUUUUUGGUAAAAAUGUAUAAUUGAAUCCUGAUUUGGGUAUAUUUAUUACAAUGAAUCCUGGUUAUGCUGGUAGAACAGAAUUACCUGAUAAUUUGAAAGUACUUUUUAGACCAGUAGCUAUGAUGGUUCCAGAUUAUAGAUUGAUUGCUGAAAUUAUGUUAUUUGCUGAAGGAUUUUCAAAUGCCAAAGAUUUAUCAAGAAAAAUGGUUAAAUUGUAUCAAUUAAGUUCAGAGUAAUUGAGUCAGCAAGAUCAUUAUGAUUUUGGUAUGAGAGCAGUCAAAUCUGUUUUAGUGAUGGCUGGAUCAUUAAAAAGAGCAGAACCAAAUAUUAAUGAAGAUAUUGUAUUGAUUAGAGCUAUGAGGGAAAGUAAUUUGCCAAAAUUUUUGUCUCAUGAUAUUCCAUUGUUUAAUGCAAUAGUAAGUGAUCUGUUUCCAGGUAUGUAAAUUCCUACUGUUCAAAAUAAAGAAUUAGAAACAGCAAUAAAGAAUAUUAUAGAUCUUAAUAAAUUAUAAUAAUAAGAUACUUUUAUAGAAAAGGUAAUUUAGUUCCAUGAAACAUUGAAAGUAAGAUUUGGAGUAAUGUUGGUAGGAGUGACUAUGGGUGGUAAAUCUUAAGUAUAAAAUAUACUUAGGGAAUCUUAUAUUAAAUUAUUUGAGUAAUAUUCUUUGAAGGGGAUUAAGAAUCAUGCAAUAUAUUAGAUAGUGGAACAUUAAAUUUUGAACCCAAAAGCAAUAUCCAUGGAAGAAUUAUAUGGAUAAUUUGAUAUGAUGACUUAAUAAUGGACUGAUGGUUUAGCAUCUAAUAUAAUGAGAGGAUAUGCAUCAUCAGAAACUUUAGAAAAGAAAUGGGUUGUAUUUGAUGGGCCAGUAGAUGCUUUAUGGAUUGAGAAUAUGAAUACAGUGUUGGAUGAUUCAAUGACUUUAUGUUUAAGUAAUGGUGAGCGUAUUAAAUUAAAGACUUAAAUGAGAAUGAUUUUUGAAGUUUUAGAUUUGGCAGUGGCAUCACCUGCAACAGUAAGUAGAUGUGGUAUGGUGUAUUUGGAUGAUAAAGUGUUAGGUUAUGAACCUAUAGUUAUGACAGAAGCUAUGACUCUUAUUGAUAUUUUGAGUAGAGAUAUUAUAGAUCAUUUAUUGAUUUAAAUAAAAGUGUCAUUUAAUAAAUCAAUUAAUUAGAUUAUUAAAUCAUGUAAGUAAUUAAUACCAGUACAUGAAACUUAAAUGGCUGUUGGAUUAAUUAAAUUAUUGAGGAUGGUCAUUUAAUUUUAUAAUUAAUAGUUGAGUUGUAAUUUAAGGGAUGAAAUAUCAAAAAAACACAUUGAAAAAAUAUUUGUUUGGGUAUUUGCUUGGUCUGUAGGUGCAACUCUUAUUUCAGAUGAUUAUUCAAAAUUUGAAAGAAUUGUAGCUGAUACUUUUCCAGUUGAGGUUUUGCCUAGGGGAUCUCUAUUCGCUUGUUUAGUUAGAAUAACAAAAACUGAUGGAUUGGUAGAUAUAAACUAUACAUAAUGGAAUGAUAUUAUUCCUCAAUUUGAGUAUAUAAAAGGAAUGAGUUAUUUUGAUAUGGUUGUUUAGACAAAAGAAACAGUUGCUCAUGGAUGGUUUUUGGAAUAAGCAGUAAAUACAAAUUGUCCUAUGUUUAUCACUGGAGUUACAGGAACUGGUAAAACUAUUAUGGUUAAUUCUACUGUUGAAAAAUUAAGAGAUGAUGGUCUUAUAGCUUUAAUGUAGAUUACAUUCUCAGCUAAAACAGCAAGUUUUACAACAUAAUUAAGUAUUGAAUAAAAAUUAUAAACAUAACGUAAAAAAGGAAGAACUAUUUUGAUGCCUCCUCCUGGAAAAAAGUUUGUAGUUUUUGUAGAUGAUGUCAAUAUGCCUGCCUUAGAAUAAUAUGGUGCAUAACCACCAAUUGAAUUAUUAAGAUAAUUUAUAGAUUAUAGAGGUGUUUAUGAUAGAAAAAGCUUUAAUUGGAAGGAUGUUGAUAAUACUAUUCUAAUUUGUGCUUGUGGUCCCCCAGGUGGAGGAAGAUCUCCAAUAACAGUUAGAUUUACUCGUCAUUUUGCUUUAUUAAGUGUGCCUAAUUCAAGUGAUGAAACAUUAUCUUGGAUUUUUAGCACUAUUUUAAAGGCAUUCUUAAAAAAUAAUCAUUUCAAGAGUGAAAUCGUGGAUUUGAGUGAAAACUAUUCAAUUGUUAAUGCAACUCUAUAAAUGUAUUCUGAAAUCUAAAAAGCCUUAUUACCUACUCCAGAGAAAUCUCAUUAUGUCUUCAAUCUUAGAGAUGUUAGUAAGAUUUUCUAAGGCAUUUUAUAAGCAAAACCUAUGAUUUAUUAGAAAUCUGAAUAAAUGGUUAGAUUAUGGGCACAUGAAACAUGUAGAGUUUUAAUGGAUAGAUUAAUUAAUUCAUAAGAUUAAGAUUGGUUUAAAGAGAACUUAGUUAAAAACAUAUUCUUAUUUUUUAAGAUUGAAUAUAAAGUCAAUGAAUUAUUUGAUUCAUAACCACCUCUUAUUUUUGCAGAUUUUUAGAAAAGAGCUGAGUUAUCUGAUAGAAUUUAUGAAGAAGUAAGAGAUUACAAUCAGCUUAUAAAAGUGAUUAAUGAAUACAUGAUGGAAUAUACAAAGAUGAAUUUAGUGUUAUUCAAAGAUGCAAUUGAACAUUUGACUAGAAUAAGUAGAGUGUUAAGAUAAUAGAGAGGACAUUAUAUGUUAGUUGGAGUUGGAGGUUCUGGUAAGAAAUCUUUGACACAACUAGGAGCUGUUUUGGCUGGAUGCAAAAUAGAUACAAUUGAGAGUAAGAAAAAUUAUGGUAAGAAAGAAUUUAAGGAAGAUUUAUUUAGAAUGAUGUGUGCAGUAGGAAUUGAUAAUAGAUUGGUUGCAUUCUCAUUUUCAGAUACAUAGAUAUUAUAAGAAGGUUUUCUAGAAGAUGUUAAUAAUCUUCUUAAUUCAGGUGAAGUACCUAAUAUGUUGACUAAAGAUGAUUUAGAGAUUAUUAAUUAAGGAUUAUAAGCAGAAGCUAGAGAAUUAAAAAUUAAUGAUAUAUAUCCAUACUUUGUCUAAAAAAUUAGAUCAAAUUUACAUAUUGUUUUAGGAUUAUCACCAAUAGGUGGAUAAUUAAGAGUAAGAUUAAGAAUGUUUCCAAGUUUAGUUAAUUGUUGUACAAUAGAAUGGUUACACAAAUGGCCAUAAGAAGCAUUGAUGAGUGUGGCAGAAAUGUUUUUAGAAACUUUAGAAUUUGAUGGUCUUACUAAAGAUAUGAGAUAAAAUCUUUAUUAAAUGUGUGUUCAUGUUCACUAAAGUGUUGAAAGAAAAUGUGAUGAAUUUUAUGCUGCUCUUAAAAGAAAUGUUUAUGUCACUCCAAAAUCAUAUCUUGAUUUAAUAGAAUCUUAUAA